CCUUAUUUCCUGUUGGUGCUGCUGAGCCACAGGUGACGGGGACUUACAAUGGGCACCAUGAGCCAGGUGACCGACAACCUGCGGGGCUUUCUGUCCCAGGUGCAGACUAUGAAGCGCAGGGGGGAGGAGGAUCCUCUGGGAAAAGAGUUCCAGGAAAUCAAGGUUCGAUCAAUGACCAUCAAACAGGAUAAUAACUAUUCAACAGAAGUUGGCAGGAGUCAGGACAAUUUGAAAAAGAAUCGCUACAAAGAUAUCCUACCAUAUGAUCAGACUCGGGUUCCAGUCACAUUCUUGGCAGAAGAGGCUGGAUCUGAUUAUAUCAAUGCCAGCUUCAUCCAGGGUUUGAAUAACCAUCAGAGAUAUAUAGCCACCCAGGGACCAUUGAGCCAUACAGUGCUGGACUUCUGGAGAAUGAUAUGGCAGUAUCAAGUCAAGGUGAUCGUUAUGGCCUGCAGAGAGGUGGAGCAUGGAAAGAGGAAGUGUGAACGCUACUGGCCGUUAGACCAGCAGGGACGUGCUCAGUAUGGACCAUUCACAAUCAGCACGAUAGAGAAGAUCUGUGUUAAUGCUGAGGUUGUGCUGCGGAAACUGAGCAUUACCUACCAAAGGGAGCUGCGAGAAGUCUACCAUUUCCAGUAUGUGGCCUGGCCAGAUCAUGGUAUCCCUGACUCCUAUUCUUGCUUCCUGGAGAUGAUCCAACUGAUGCGCCAAUAUCAGGAAGAAGACAGCACUCCCAUAUGUGUGCACUGCAGUGCAGGGUGUGGCCGCACAGGAGUGAUCUGCACUGUGGAACAUAUUCAGUGUUUGCUGCAGAAGCAGAGAGUUCCCAGUGAUUUCAGUAUCUUCGAUGUUGUCCUGGAGAUGAGACGCCAGAGGCCAGCUGCAGUGCAGACUAAGGAGCAGUAUGAGUUUCUUUACCAUGCUGUCACAGAGAUGUUUCAGAACCAACUACAGAACAGCCCAAACUAUGAGAACCUUACAGAGGCUAAAGCUCCGUUUUAUGAUGAUGCCUCCUCUGUGCAACCAGUCUUAAGGGGUCUGAGACCGUGCCGAAAAGACAGCAGCUCACGUCUCUACAGUGGAUUCCACCAACCAGACUACCUGUCUCAGUACUCCCAGGAGCAAUCCAGCAGGCCGCUGUCUAAUAUGACGACUGACACAUAUGCUAUUGUGCAAAAGAACAGGCCAGCAACUUCUGGAAUCUUCUAUCCCUCCCAGAUUCAACCUUGUGUCCAAGAGUCAAGAUGCCAAUCGACUUUGGGGCAUCAGUAUGAUAACCUUACUCCCCGCAAUGCUCCCGCUGCUUCCUUGGAACAGUUGUACAGCACUGUGACUCCCAAAACUAUCAGGGUGUCAUCCCCAGCCUCAGUGACUCAUUCCACGGGGUCCAUCUCUUCUUCCUAUUCCUUGGCUGGGAACCCCAGCUCUUCUGAGGUUGGCUCUGUGGAUUAUACUCAGGUCCAGAUACCCAGGACAGUGGAAUCAAUUUCACCCUCCAGAAGUGAUAUGAAACGAUGUCAGUUUCUACAAAGUGGAUAUCCUGCUUCACACACUAGAACUGCUGGAUCUGUCGAUGAGUAUGAAGACCUGAGCAACUCUACAAAAGGACAGACUACUGGCGUAUCUGUGUGCGGGACCCUGGGAUUUAACCAUCGUAUUGGAAAACCAAAAGGCCCAAGGGAUCCCCCAACUGAGUGGAGCCGAUAGAGAACCAUUGAAACCUGUCUUCAACAUCUAUGGUCCUGAAUUUCCAAAGGAGAUUAGUACAGGAUGCCCAACAGGACUGCUCCAAAUUCCUUGCAUCCAUUGACUCCUACAACCGUUGUGUGCGCCAAAUACUGACAUCUAAAAUAAUGCAUAACACAACUUAAUAUGAUGGGCAUAGAGCUCCUGUUUCAUUAUGCUCAUUUUGUGAUUCAUUCUUAACAUUUUGUGCUAUUGAUAAUGUUACAUUUAAUGUAAAAGUCUAUUAGAGCUCAAUAUGUUGUACAUUUAUAUUUGUUAUGCAAGUCGAACACAGCAGCACCGCUAAAAAAACGUACUUCUCUUUAAUAAAAAGGAGCACAAUACAAAAAAUAGUGUUUUGGGCAGAUAGCCCUUAGUCAUGUCAUAUGGCAUGACUAAGGGCUAUAUGACUGUAAUGUAGUCUUUUUUUGUAUGGUGCUCCUUUUAUAAUAAAGAAGUAUGUUUUUUGUGCUGCUUGAGGUUGGUACUUUAGACCCUACAGCUUGCAUGCUCUCUCUAUACAAUUGUGCUGGAUAUUAUUUUGUUUAUAUUUCUUAGGCAAUUUGUUGGUGAGUGUUAAAGAUACACUGCUAACAAAUAUAUUGUAAUCCAUAUCAAAGAGCAACCUUAAAUAAUCUGCUAUUGUUUUUGCCUUGAAAAUAGUGUAAACGCUGUUUUAGUUUAUACUAAUGUACCAGUGUCACUUUUGUACCUCCUUAAACCUUGGUUUAUAUGUACAACCUUCUAAUGUUCAGCAAGCAGGAAGUAGCUACCUAUCAACCAAUGAACAUUAACAGGAAAAUGCCAAUUGGCCAAUGAGCAUAAGUAAGAGGUGCAAAACAGAUACUGCUGUAUUAGUUUAAAUUACCUUUUUUUAGAUGUUUACUUUUUAUAUUCCUGCAAAAAAAAAAAGUUUAUAUACUGCUCUUAUAACUGACAGGAUGCUUCUAAGGAAGGUAUUCCGUAAAAUACACAAAGUAAUGUCUGACUGAAGCUUUAGUAAAGACCAGCUUUGCUUGCUCUCA